AUUUAUCUGUCUCUGGCAUCAUUGUGUGCUGGCAGAGGGCUGGACUCUGGAAACAAUCCGGAGCACUAAAAGACGAGGCAGGUCAGAAGAUCACUGGCAGACGUCUGACACACACUGAUCCUGAUGGCUCCCGCUGUGAUUCUCAUCGGCUGUCUGCUGGCCACAAUGAGCUGCUCAACCACAGCUCAGACUACCACAUCAAUUAAUGCUACUACUGCAUCACCUAACGCAACUGAUUUGUUGGCCAAUGCAACUCUGAGUUCGGCAAAUGCAAAUACCGCUUUCCCCAACGACACUAACAUAUUGGCCAACGCAACUACCACUUCACCUAACCCAACUAACAUGGCAUCCAACACAACUAACACAUCACUUAAUGCAACUAACACACCGUCUAAUGCAACUAACGUGUCACCAAAUGCAACUACAACGAAUGCAACAACUACUGCAAUGGCUCCUUUGUUUUUCACUACCACAACUGCAGCCCCUCCAGUCAACUCCACUGCAAACCUUCCAUUCAACUCCACUCAAGCUCCUCCAUUCAACUCCACUGCAAUCCCUCCAUUAAACUCUCCAUUCAACUCCACUGCAAACCCUCCAUUCAACUCCACUGCAAACCCUCCAUUCAACUUCACCGCAAACCCUCCAUUCAACUCCACAGCAAACCCUCCAUUCAACUCCACCGCAAACCCUCCAUUCAACUCCACCGGAAACCCUCCAUUCAACUUCACCGCAAACCCUCCAUUCAACUCCACCGCAAACCCUCCAUUCAACUUCACCGCAAACCCUCCAUUCAACUCCACCGCAAACCCUCCAUUCAACUUCACCGCAAACCCUCCAUUCAACUCCACCGGAAACCCUCCAUUCAACUUCACCGCAAACCCUCCAUUCAACUUCACCGCAAACCCUCCAUUCAACUCCACUGCAAACCCUCCAUUCAACCCUCCAUUCAACUCCACUGCAAACCCUCCAUUCAACUCCACUGCAAACCCUCCAUUCAACUCCACUGCAAACCCUCCAUUCAACUCCACUGCAAACCCUCCAUUCAACUCCACCGGAAACCCUCCAUUCAACUUCACCGCAAACCCUCCAUUCAACUCCACCGGAAACCCUCCAUUCAACUCCACCGGAAACCCUCCAUUCAACUUCACCGCAAACCCUCCAUUCAACUCCACUCGAGCUCCUCCAUUCAACUCCACCGGAAACCCUCCAUUCAACUCCACUCGAGCUCCUCCAUUCAACUUCACCGGAAACCCUCCAUUCAACUCCACUCGAGCUCCUCCAUUCACACCCACUGCAGCUCCACCAAAUGAUGUUCUCACAUUACUCACUAAUCUAGAGGUGGAGGUUUUGGCCGAGGAGUCGUCCACUGAAGAAGAGCGUCAGGCUGCACUGCGUCAGGUUGGCGCUUUGGUGGAGAGUUAUUUAAGAGAGUAUAAUGACAUCUACUCCUUUGAGGUCACGAGAAUUGAGCCGGUUUCACCAUGUGAUUGAAUCAGAAAUCAGCCAAGAAGAACAUACAUGUUCUCAUCUCUGGUGGACUUUUCUAUUUUAAUAUGAUAUUAUUUAUGGUGAUGGUUCAACUAAAAUAUUGCAAUUGUUAACACAAUCAUUUCAUUUUUGUGUGCUGUAAUCUUAAACAUAGAAGCAUUGUAUACAUGUGAUGCAAACUAUGGAAGCUGAGAUUGGAAACUGUUUUGUUGUUUUUGUUGUUUGGGAGGGGCGAUUCCUGUCUGUAUGGUUAUUUUCCUGUCUGGAUUCCUAAAUGUUUAACAUGCAACAUGAAAUAAAUAUAAAUAAUUGUACUCUA